AUGUCUGAGUCAGUGGGGUUGACUCAAGAGAUCGAGAUGGCGAUGGACGCCGACUAUCCGGAUGGAGCACAUCUCCAAGCCUCAUCGCCCGAAGUGCAACCGCCCGAAAUCGAUGCGCCUCCUGCGAAGCGUCUACGUGGUCGUGAUCUGUUCCGUGCGUUUUCCGAUGUGCAGCGCUCUGCCCAUCUCGCUCCUCCUCCUCCUGAUGUUCGACCUGAACAAGCCAAAUCACUCUUGGAUGUAUGGAAGAACUAUCGCACAUGGGGUAGCAACAAUUAUCCAAAUCUUCCUGUCCAUGUUCGCACAAUGAUGGAGCUCAUGAACUGCAUCGCAUCCAUGAAUGUUUCCAACUACCAAAUGUCGACGAAGCAGAAGCUUCUUCUCAUUAUGCUUGUUGCUGGUGAACAUUGGCGUGCACAUGAUCGUCAAAUGUUCUACUAUGAGAAUGGUGUGUGGAAGAUGAAGCCGUCUCUCACCAUCGAAGUCUGGGAUCUAUUUCUUGCUGUUGAAGGUUUGUUGUUGACCGUCUCGGAGCACUUCGAAGAUCAAGAAGGAGAUGCAAGACCAGCAUGGAAUUGGAAUGCUAUUCGGGAUGUUGUCUCUGAUACGAUCCAAGGACAUGUCCAUGACGCUCUCCAUUUCUUCGGGAAUGUGGCCAAAGAAGCAAGUGACCAUCUGCGGCAAGUCACAUCCAACAAGGCAUGGAAAGCACUUUGGCUUCGUCGAUGUGCAGACAUGCUAGCUUCAUUCCGAGUGAAUUGGGAUUCGAACAAGGUCCAGUCACUCUCAAAGCUUUUUCUUCUUGAAUGGGAUACUCCAUUGCCAAAGUCACAGGGUGUUUGCUUCAGAGACGUGUACUUGGAUGCAGAUUGGAAACCUGCAAGCAAAAGCCCGUCCAAUGACUGCUACAUGCAUGUGGACUAUGCCUUCUACAUAGAAAACCUCUUGCAGGAGUAUCCGAACAUCAAUCUCCAACAGCAUCAAGAAGGAUUACGUUUGUUCUUGGAGUCGCUCUACUUUCAGAACGAACAUAUCUUUCAAGUGAAACUUUGUUUUUUACAUGCCGCAUUCAAAAAGGCUUGCACUUCAAAGAUGAUCUUCGAGAUUGGCAAAGGCGGCGAUGGCAAGGGGAUGGAAGCUUAUCUUGAUCGUGCUGUAUUAGGUGAAGAUCAAUCUGCAACUUUGGAUUGUGGCGUGUUCUUGGAUCGACAGGAGUUCCGCAAGUCUGCCGAGUUCGCAUGGAACAAGGCGAAUGUGCGUAUCCAGGAAAUGGAUCAGCACGCAAGAUUCGUUGCAGAUCUUUGGAAAAGAUUCAUCGUCGAUGAAGAAAUAGAUUGUCGUGUCAAUUAUGGAUUUACAUCCAAACGACGAUUUGGGUCAUCUAUGAAAGUUCAGGAACUCAACUUUGAGAACAUCCCGACCAUCGAGGAGUGUCGAGAUCGACUCCAGGCUUGUGAGCAUCUCAAGCGUCGCAUCGUUUGCUUUCGUAUGGGGAAGGCUCGCUUCGUGCUUGACGACCAUGCAGUGAACUAUGAACACGGGGUUUUCCGUCUCAUUCCGCAAGAUGAGCUGGAAAACUCUUUGGAUGAAUGUUUGAAAAUGAUCCUGGAUCUUAGCCAUGUACAUGAGGACUUGGUCAACGACACCAAUUGGUUGGCUUCUCGCUUGUCCGGCUGGAAUGGCCCUCCUCCAGGCACAGAUAUUGACCUCCAGACAGAGAACGACGAAUUGAUCACGAUCGUGCAUCGGAAAACGCCCAUGAAGACAUUCAUCAAGGAGUAUGUCAUUUCAAAGGUUGAAGAUAUUCCAGGAGCUGUGCAGUCUACCCGUGGUCGACGAACCAAGUUGCAGUUCUUUCUUUCUGCCUUGGACCACUCCACCAUCAAACUCUUUCGUCAACAUGAUCAGCAUGCUGUCGAGAAACUCUUGGUGGAUUGGGCUUCUUUGGCUGCAGCUAUGGAUGCUCAUGGUGGUGCGCUUGCUUUCGGUCAGUGGAAAGAUUGGGGCUGCACCUUUGAUCUGCGGCAUCUGCAGCAAGAAUGGGAGUCAAAUCUCUUUGUGGACUUGCAAAAUGAAUGUCAAGGAAAUGUCACUCAUCACGGAAGUCUCUCAUCUCAAAUCCGGCCGACUGUAGCAACAUUGCAGGAAACAGUGGACUUGGAGGCUUUGCAAGCCUACUUGGAAAGUGGCUCAGACAGAAGGACUUCGCAGCUUCGGGCCUAUGUUGAUCGUCAUGCUUCUGAAGGAGUUCGCGUGGGGCGCUUUUCUACUAUCUCUGUCGAGUACUACAAGGCCCCCAAUUAUGGUCGUUUACUUGCUCGUGGCCCUGCUGCACAAAAACUCACUCGAGAAGCUCGUGGAAAAGCCUUCCCCCAUGCCAUUGAGAUUGAUGCAGCUUGUUGCCAUCCUCGUCUUCUCUUGCGAAAACUUCGAGAUAUGGGAUUGGACGAGGCAGGUAGUUUCCAGAUGCUUCGUCUCUUCUGUGAGAACUACAAGUCAUGGCGGUCAGUUUUGGCUCAGUAUCUUUGCAUUGAUGUCCAGGAGGCAAAAAAGGAACUUAUCCGCAUCUUCUACGGUGGCAACUCGCGUUUCGAUAUUCCAUGGCUCCGCAAGCUUGGGGAAGAAGUUCAGGCAGCUGCUCAUCUGAUUCUACAAGAUCACAGACAUACUCAUCUUUCUGAUUUGUACAAUGAUCGCAGACAUCCUGAAUUCAGUCGGCUUUGUUCUUUGCUAUCAUUCGAUGAAGCUGACCUAUUGGACACCAUUCGGACCCAUGCGCAUGUGAAAAUGGAGGUUGCUCUCUUUGACGGAGGCAUUGUGUCGUGCACAUCUGUGCAAGAUCUCUUUUGGUUGCAUCGUGCUUGCGCAGAAACUUCCCACAACAUCAUCCCCGUCGAGAUCAAAAGUGAGCCGCAAAGUAUGAAGACUUUCUUGCAUAUGUUGGUGUGCAAGAACAUCGUGAACAUGAUGGAAGUCGAAAUUCCUUCCACUCCGGCAAACUGUUUGCUCUUUGCUGUUCAAGGUGUUGCACCUCAUGUUGAUCUCAGUAGUUUGCGCCAAGUUUUGCAAGACAAGCCAGAGUCCUCGCUUUCCGCUCAUCAAUUCAAUGAAGCUUUGGCAGAUGCAGACUCUGCAGCCGACACUGCUUGGCAAUUGCAUUGCAUCCCCAAGGAUGAGUUGCUCUCCGUUGUCCCAGCGCACCCGAUCCUUUGUCAUGAACGUUCUGGAGAAUGUCAAGGACACUGGUGGUCCUUUGUGAUGAUUGAGGAUGAGGCAAGGCUAUUUGAUUCUGAGAUUCCUUCUUUCGAAGUGACUGCUCGAUGGGAAACCUUUGCAUCUGCUUUGGAAAAAUCUGAUGCAUUGACUUUCUUCGAACUGAAACAGAUGCACUUGAAGACGACUUUCUUCGAACUGAAACAGAUGCACUUGAAGACGGAAAUGUCGAUGUCAGAGGCAUAUCACUUGCAAGGUCGUGGCCGUGCGGAUGGUCCCGAGACUGUCCUGCACCAGCCUAUGCGAUGUGGACAGAAGUCAUGCCAAGCCUCCCACUACUACAACUUCGUGUGGAGCAACGGCAUCAAGACCAAUUCGCUCGAUCCCAACCAGGCCGAGUAUAUCUUCGUGACCGCCAACACCGGGUUCCACGUCUCCUUCCUUGCUUAUCACGAUGCCCUGCAAUUCAGAGGCUACUUGAGCAAGCACGCCAUCGCCUGGUCCCAAACGAACGCAUUAUGGGCAGAUGACCAUGCACAUGCUCGAUUUCACAAGGACUAUGCAUUGGCUCGUCUUCUCUGGAAUGUCAUGAGCGAACUGUCGGUCAUGUGGAAAUCCACUAUGCCAAGCACUUCCAUUCAGAAACUUCGCACAAUUCGCGUAGAUGAUCCUGUGCAUGAAGGGCAUCUUCGGGACUUCCACCGAUGGUGGCAAACCAUCGAAACUCCCCAUCGCAUGUCGCAGUCUGUCAAAGAGAUCGCUGUCGAUGGCCACGAGAAGAUCGCCACAAAGUGCUAUCAUGAAGCACCAGCUCGCGGUGGUCGUCCUCGGAAGGAUGGCCAUGUCAAAUUGUUCUACAACGGCUGGUUCAUGGCGACACACCCUGGGACCGGAGUCAUCCUAGGCCUUUUUGAGAUGAAAGAUCCAGAGAAUUCGGAUGUUGCGCUCAAUCUUGUGCAAAAUUUGCUACCGCAUUAUCCCAAAGUGGAUGCAGUACUCUACGAUCGAGCCUGUAGCAUCUUCAAGAAGAAAGAAGGCUAA